CGAUAACAUUUAAUUCCGAAUUGCAACAAAUAAAAAUCUAGACAAAAACAGGAGAAACCAAUAUGAUUUUAUUUUUUGGUGUAAAUCUUACAAAAAAUCCGACAGCUUUUCUGGAUUUCCCCUUUUUUAGAACAUUCGGUCGGCUACCGAGUAUUAAAAUCCGCCACCAUAAAAGAGGACAAUGGCAAGUCAGUUGCGGAAGACGUCUGAUUUUCUGUGAACAACGCAUCAACAUUGAAUGGAACCCAUAGAGAUCCGCCGUGGUAUUAUUCUCGAGGUGCGAAUUUGCUCUGCUCGAGACCCGGUGUCGGGGCGGCUGUUGGAGCGUGUAGGUGUUACCCGUUUGUUGGGUUGCUCCGAUCCAGUCACGUGUAGCCUCAAGCAAUAAAUUGCAACACAAACUCAAGAGGUCAAUGAAUUUCUCGCACCCCAAGAGUGGUGUCGUAAAUCAAUGAACAUUUGCUUGGAGUCCAGAAAUUCGUCCUUCGCGCAAUCGCACACAGGGGAAGAAAUAGCGGUAAUUUUGUGAAUGAGAUGCUGCGCUGUAACAUCUGUAAGCAUCUGUGUUGUUACUAUUUGUGCUGUAUUGCCGCUUAUCUCUCGGUUCGAUUAAGGAGCGAUCGCUGAACUGAAGGAAUGCUUAUCACCACGAAGGGAUUCCUUGAUUGUGAGGAUUGAUAGGAGCGAAAAAUUGGCAAGAAGCAUGCAUUUUUUUUCAUAUAAAAACCUAUGCUUUCGCCACAAACGGUAUCACUUCUCGUUUCGGUUUCAACGGUGAAGACACAUUCGGAAACGGUACUGGAUCUAAGCGGCAACAUGCUAACGAAGGUUCUACUCCUCGCCUUGGUGGGGCUCACCUUAGCCUACCAAUCCGAGAGCCCGUAUUUCAAGGGUAACAAAAAUGGAUUUGAAGGUAACUACAAGUAUAACUACCCUGGAUACAAGGCCUAUCCAGAAGCUGGUUACAAGGGAUACGGUUACGAUGCUGGCUAUAAGGGCUACGGAUACGACGCUGGCUACAAAUACAACAACGCUGGCUACAGCUACAAGAACGGGUUCGAGUACGGAUACCAGAACGCCUACCAAGCUGCGUUCUACAAGUACCGUCAGAACAUGACUGACUUCGAGUUCAGUUCGUUCAUGCCAAACCACGAGUACGUCUACAAUGUGACGUCCGUCACUAGGACUGCUCUGGCUGAGCUGGACGAUCAAUGGACUGGUGUCUACACCCGUGCCUAUCUGGUCAUCCGUCCCAAGAGCCCCGACUAUGUCGUUGCCUACGUCAAGCAGCCCGAAUAUGCCGUCUUCAACGAACGCCUGCCAUACGGAUAUGGCAGCUUCUACUACCAAAACAACUUCAAGUUCCAGCCAAUGCCAAUGAGCAGCAAGCCAUUCGGAAUCCGCUACCACAAGGGAGCCAUCAAGGGUCUGUACGUCGAGAAAACUCUCCCCAACAAUGAAGUCAACAUCCUGAAGGCCUGGAUCAGCCAGCUGCAGGUUGACACCCGCGGAGCCAACCUGAUGCACAAGAGCAAGCCUAUCCACCCCACCAAGGAUGAAUGGAACGGUCACUACAAGGUUAUGGAGCCUCUGGUCACCGGAGAAUGCGAAACCCACUACGAUGUCAACCUGGUCCCAGCUUACUUGAUCCAAGCCCACAAGGAAUGGGUUCCUCUAGAACAUAUGCGCGGUGAAGAUGGCCAGUUCAUUCAGGUCACCAAGACCCUGAACUUUGACCGUUGCGAGCAGCGUAUGGGCUACCACUUCGGAUUCACCGGAUACAGCGACUUCAAACCCAACACCAACCAAAUGGGAAAUGUUGCCUCAAAAUCUUUGGUUUCGUACAUGUACCUGACUGGAAACUGGUACAACUUCACCAUCCAAUCGUCCAGCAUGGUUAACAAGAUUGCCAUCGCUCCUUCCUUCGUUAACAAGGAACCCGCUCUGGUCUACGCUCAGGUCAACUUGACCCUCAAUGAUGUUCACUACUACGACAAGGUCCCAAUGGGCCCAGCUGAAGACCUGAAGGUGUUCGUCGAUCUGGUUUACAGUUACAACAUGCCAAGCGAUAAGAAGAACAGCGUUCGCCCAGGAAACGAAACCGAAUCUUCAUCGUCCUCAUCCUCCUCCUCGUCUUCGUCAUCUUCGUCUUCGGAAUCUAGCUCAUCCAGCUCCGAAUCUCAGGAAAACCCCAAGGUCAGCCCUGUUGAGCAAUACAAGGCUAAGCUCGACCAAGUCGAGAAGCGUGGAAACCGUUUUCGUCGUGAUCUGAAUGCCUACAAGGAAAAGAAGUACUACGAAGCUUACAAGAUGGACCAAUACCGCCUGAGCCGCAAGAACGACACCUCAUCCGACUCCAGCAGCUCUGACGAUUCUUCCUCGUCCUCCAGCUCCAGCUCAUCGGAAUCUCUUGAGCGCAACAACAGCACUUCAUCUGACUCCAGCUCCUCGUCAUCGUCAUCGUCCUCGUCUUCCUCGUCCGACUCUUCGUCGUCAUCUUCGUCUUCCUCGGAAUCCUACUCCAUGAGCAGCGAGGAAUACUACUAUCAGCCAGCCCCUGAAAACUUCAACUACGCUCCUGAGGCUCCUUUCCUGCCAUACUUCACCGGAUAUAAGGGAUACAACGUCUUCUUCGCCCGCAAUGUCGAUGCUCCACGUUCCGUCGGCAAACUGGUCGAGGAAAUCGCCGAAGACCUGGAAAACCCAUCCAACCUGCCAAAGGCCAACACCAUGAGCAAGUUCAACAUUCUUACCCGCGCUAUCCGUGCCAUGGGACACGAGGAUAUGUACGCACUGGCCCAGAAAUACUUCGUUUCCCAGAAGGAACGCUCGGACGCUCAAUUCUCGGACAAGAAGUUCAGCAAGCGUGUGGAUGCUUGGGUCACCUUCCGUGACGCUGUUGCCGAAGCUGGAACUCCGGCUGCUUUCAAGCUCAUCAACGAAUACAUCAAGGAAAAGAAACUGCGUGGAUAUGAAGCCGCCACCGUUGUUGCUUCUUUGGCUAAGUCUAUCCGCUACCCAACUGAGAAGCUCCUGCACGAAUUCUUCCUGCUGGUUACCAGCGAUGCUGUCCAACACCAGGAAUAUCUGAACGUGACCGCUCUGUUCGCUUACACCGACUUUGUCAAUCAGGCUCACGUGAGCAACCGCUCAGCUUACAACUACUAUCCAGUAUUCAGCUUCGGUCGUCUGGCUGAUGCCGACUACAAGAUCAUCGAACACAAGAUCGUGCCAUUCUUUGCUCAUCAACUCCGCGAAGCCGUCAAAAACGAAGACAGCGUCAAGACCCAAGUUUACAUUCGUGCCCUUGGAAACCUUGGACAUCCUCAAAUCCUUGCAGUCUUCGAGCCAUAUCUGGAAGGUACAAUCAAAAUCACUGACUUCCAGCGCCUGGCCAUCAUGGUCGCUCUGGACAACCUGAUUGUCUACUACCCAAGUCUGGCCCGCUCGGUGCUGUACCGUGCUUACCAGAAUACUGGUGAUGUUCACGAAGUUCGUUGUGCUGCUGUGCAUUUGUUGAUGCGCACUGACCCACCAGCUGACAUGCUCCAACGUAUGGCCGAAUCUACUCACCAUGAACCUAGCCGUUAUGUCCGGUCUGCUGUUAAGUCCGCCAUCGAAACUGCCGCCCUUGCUGACGAAUACGACAACUAUAGCGAUCUGGCUGUCAAUGCCAAGGCUGCCGUCAACUUCCUGUACCCAGAAGACGCCAGCGUUGAGUACUCUUUCAACCAUAUCCGCGACUACGCUAUGGAGAACCUGGAAAUGACCUACCGUCUGCAUUACGGAGAAAUCGCUUCUCACGACCACCGCUACCCAAGUGGAAUGUUCUACCACAUGCGUCAAAACUUCGGUGGAUACAAGAAGUACACUUCUUUCUACUACCUGGUCUCUAGCAUGGAAGCCUUCUUCGAUAUUUUCGAGAAGCAAUACAACACCAAGUACUUCGCUGAUUACUACAAAUCGGCCGACUACAGCACCAACUUCUACAACUUUGACAAGUACUCCAAGUACUACAAGCAGUACUACUACAAGAAGGACAACGAAUACUACCAGAAGUACUACGGACAGAAGAAGGAUUACGAGAGUGAUAAGGAACCAUCCAAGUUCACCGCCUCUCGCAUCGCCAAGCUCCUGAACAUCGAUUCCCAAGAAGCCGAACAAUUGGAAGGACAGCUGCUGUUCAAGCUUUUCAACGGAUACUUCUUCACCGCUUUUGAUAACCAAACCAUUGAAAACUUCCCACGCAAGAUUAAGCAUCUGUUCGAAGAUUUGGAAGAUGGCUACGCAUUCGACUUCACCAAGUUCUACCAACAACAGGAUAUCGUGCUUGCCUGGCCAUUGGCUACUGGUUUCCCAUUCAUCUACACUCUGAAGGUUCCAACUGUUUUCAAGUUUGAAUUCGACGCCUCCGCCAAGACUUACCCACAAGUCUACAAGCAACCAGCUGGUCACCCAGAGAACGAGAAUGAUGAUUUCUUCUACAUGCCACAAAACCUGAACGGAUCGGUUGAUGUGAACCUGCUGUACCACCGCAUGGUUGAUGCUAAGGUUGGAUUCGUCACUCCAUUUGAUCACCAACGCUACAUCGCUGGUUACCAGAAGAAGUUCCACGGAUACUUGCCCUUCAACGUUGAAUUGGGAUUGGACUUCUUCAACGAUCAGUACGAGUUUGAAUUCAAAUUCCAGGAACCCAAGGAAGAUCAUCUGAUGUUCCACAUGAGCUCGUGGCCAUACACUGGAUUCAAGGAUAUUACCGAUAUGCGCCCAAUUGCUGAGAACCCUAAUGCCAAGAUUGUUCACGAUGAAGACCAAACCACCAAGUCCUUGGAACACACUUUCGGUCAGGACAUGACUGGUCUGGCUUUGCGAUUCCAUGGAAAAUACGACUUCGACUUCAUGAACUUCCAGCAGUUCUUCAGCAUGUUCAAGAAACACGAUUUUGUUUCUGCUUUCACUUAUCCAUUCGCCUACCAGCCAUAUGAAUACCAUCAGUUCAACCUGUACUACGAUGCCCAGCGUACUCAUGCCAAAUCGUUCAAGUUCUACGCCUACCAGAAGUUCGGAGCUCCAUCUUUCGAAGAGACUGGACCCAAGCACCCAGCCAACCGUCACUCGUACUCUGGAAACUACUACGAGUCGAACUACGCCCAGCCCUUCGUCUACAGCGCAGGAAGCCACCGUCGUUACGAACAAUUCUUCCGCAAUGCCGCUUCUGGUAUCAGAAACAGCUUUGUCCGCUACUACGACUUCGGAUUUGAGUUCUACGCUCCACAGUACAAGAGUGAAUUCGUCUUCACCACUGCUUUCGCUGAUAGCCCAGUUGACAAGACUUCCCGACAGCUGUACUACUUCUACGCUAGCCCGAUGUUCCCAAGCCAAUCGUACUUCAAGGACAUUCCAUUCAACGGAAAGCAAUUCCAGUUCUGCGCUACUGCCACUAGCGAAUAUCCUCGCGUUCCAUACAUGAAGUUCUCGGACUUUGAAAAGUACUACGGAGAUGCCAGCCAAUACUUCGAUUUCCUGUACGGUGAAUCGUGCCAGGGUGGAGCCCACAUCUCGGUCAAGGGUAAACAGAAGCAGACUGCCAAGUACCGUGAUUACCUGUACUUCUCUGAUGUUGCCAAGAAGUGCAAGGAACAGAUGGCUCAUGGUUACUACCAGUUCGAAGAAUGCCAACAGGCUGUUGAUCAGGCUUACUACUACGACUUCUACGAUUACAACUUCGAAUACAAGGACGUCGGUGCCGUUGCCAAGAACUUGAGCGCCAAAUUCUACGACUACUUCCAGUAUGCCUUCUACCCGUACUUCGAAUCGAACUUCUUCUACCACGGAAAGCCCCAUCAGAUCAAGGCUGAGUUCGAGUUUGCUCCUUACGCCGAUUACUACAACGCUUCGUUCUACGGACCCAGCUAUGCCUUCAAGGUCAAGAACUACCCGAUCGCCAACGACUACUCGACCUACUUCCCGUACUUCUUCAAGUACACUUUCUUCCCUCGUUACCAGCCAUACUUCCUGCACCGUCUGCCAUCGCACAAGCCCCGCAACCGUCCUUACUACGAGCUCUCCAACUACGAACAGUUUGCCGUCUUCAGUCGGAAACCACAAUAUCCUUCCUGCUCGUUCUCUAAGGACUACUUCUACACUUUCGAUGACAAGAAGUACUUCUACGACAUGGGUGAGUGCUGGCACGCAGUGCUGUACACUGUGAAGCCUGACUACGACUUCUACGCUCAACAAUCGCACUUCUACAACUCUGACUUUGAGUACAAGUACAAGAACGGAUUUGAUGAGUACGAACAAUUCGCCGCUCUGGCCCGUCGUGGAUCGGACAACCAGCUGUUCUUCAAGUUCUACUUCGGAGAUAACUACAUCGAGAUCUUCCCCAACAACGGUGACGUUCCAUACGUGAAGUUCAACGGACGCCCAUACGACAUCAGCCAGUACAACAUCGCUCACUUCGAGUACAAGGAAGGCUACCCAAGCUUCCCAUUCUUCUACGCCUUUGCCUACCCCAACAAGGACUUGGAAGUCAGCUUCUUCGGAGGAAAACUGAAGUUCGCUACCGAUGGAUACCGCGCUCGCUUCUUCUCGGACUACUCGUUCUACAACAACUUCGUCGGUCUGUGCGGAACCAAUGAUGGAGAAUACUUCAGCGACUUCGUCACCCCUGAUCAGUGCUAUGUGCGCAAUCCGGAAUACUUCGCCGCUUCGUACGCCAUCACUGGCCAAAACUGCACUGGACCAGCCAAGGCUUUCAACUACGCCUACCAACAGAAGGCCAAGGGAGAAUGUGUCAAGCGUGAGGUCUACUACGGCAACUACAUCUACAACCAGGAAUACUACCACCCACGUUACCGCUACUACAACCACAACGUUGAGGAAUCCUCCAGCUCUUCUUCGUCCAGCUCUUCUUCCGAUUCUUCGUCUUCGUCCUCGUCUUCUUCGGAAUCGAAGUCGCGUUCUCACUCUAGCAGCUCGUCCAGCUCUAGCUCCGAGGAACAGAAGGAAUACCACCCACACAAGCAGAGCCACACGCUGAAGGAUUGCCCAGUCCAGCACCAGCACCAGUUCUUCCAGCAGGGCGAUAAGGUUUGCUUCAGUCUGCGCCCUCUGCCAGCUUGCCACUCCAAGUGUGUCGCCACCGACAAGAUGAGCAAAUACUUCGAUGUGCACUGCUUCGACAAGAGCUCUCCCCAGGCUGAGAAGUUCAAGUCCGAGAUCUCCCGUGGCUACAACCCGGAUUUCAAGAGCUUCGCUUCGCACAAGACCUUCAAGUUCAACUACCCCAAGAGCUGCGUCUACAAGGCUUACUGAAAGGAUGGAACCAACGAAAUAGAAACACCGACUGCAAACCGACCGGAACCGAAAUGAAUAUAUAUUAAUGUUUUAUUUAUAGCACAAUAAAGAAUGAAUUUUGAAUAACUCCUUGCAUUUGAUGAUUGUUGAAGAAAUUGUUCAGAAGACGGGUGGGAAUCACGCACGCUCGCUUGUAUCUUCAAAAGAACCAGAACUCUAUUCGCCGUUCAUUGUUUCGAGUUGGCGGCGAAAUAAAAUUUCAUCUAAUUUCGAUCGCAUAAAUUUCACUCAACUGCCAGCCAAGGUCAAGUUCGACGAGCAGCAAAUAUCACAUCAGCAACUGCAAUUUACUG